AAAUUUCCUAGCUCUCUCCAUCUCUCUCUUGUUGUUGCAGUUGCCCAACACUAACAUUUAUUCUUCCUCUCCUACACAACUACUUGCUUCUGCUUCAAUUAAGCUAAACCAAGCUGAAUCAUUCAUCGGAUAUUUGAUUAAUUAAUCCAUCAAAUAUAUAGAUAGAGAGAUGGAAAAUAUUAAAGAAAACUAUGUUAUAAAUGGAGGAGUGAAGAUGCCAGUUGGGUACCGGUUUCGUCCCACGGAUGAGGAGCUGGUGCUUCACUACUUGAUGAGGAAGGUUCAUGCCGCCCCAUUGCCUGCUUCCAUCAUUCCAGAGUUCGAUGUCUUCGAAACUCAUCCCUGGGGCUUGCCGGGUGAUGUUAGAGAAAAAAGGUAUUUCUUUCACAAUGAAAAUAUGAAUAAGAAUGUUGGCAUCAACAGCAAGAGAGCUGCUGGAUGUGGAUACUGGAAGCCUAUUGGCAAAAAGAAGCAGAUUGUUAAUAAUUCUGAAUCCAAUGAAGCCGUUGGGAUCCGGAAGACGUUGGUUUUCUGUGAAAGGAAGCGCCGCCGUUGCCACCACCACCACCAUGGGAGUACUAAUACUACCACUCAAACUCGAUGGCUCAUGCAUGAAUACCGCCUGUUGGCUUCUCAAGCAAAUCCAACCCAGGUUUUGGAAAAGGAAUCCGGAAACUGGGUGGUCUGUCGCAUAUUUCAGAAAAAGAGAAGGCCUACUCAAAGAACAUCAGAUGAUAUGGGGGUCGCUUCUCAACGCUCAUCAAACUGCAAGAAGACUCGGAGAUUAUUGGAGGAUUAUAUCUCGGCAGAUGAUCAUUCACGACGUUCGGAUCCUGAUCUUACAACACUUUCUUCCCCAUCAUGCUCGAGUGACAUCACUCAUGAGCUCUCUUCCAAUGACAAUGGUGAGCUAGACGAUGAUCAGGAGGGACACAGUGUUAGCAUGCCGAUUAAUAUUUAGCUAAGUUAUUAUAUAUUGAUCACAUUAAUCGUGUUUUGUUUAAGAUCAGUAGUACUAUCACGAUAGCUUUGGUUAAGCUUCCUUAAUUCCGUGUAAUUCAUCAUGUAAUCCAACUCUUGAGCAACAAAUUAAAUGAGAAUGGCCACUCUAACAGCAAGAGGCAAAAGGAAGAGGCAUUCAUAUUGUUGCAAGUAAAA